AUGGUGGGGGAGCAUGGGAAUAAUUAUCUUCCGGCAAACUACUCCAUGCAGAGUAAUGAUAUUCUGAAGAGACUAGAGAGAAUGGAGGCCCAUAUCAACCAAUUAGUCAGUUCACUCCACAAAACCGAUGUCAGCAAGAUGGAUGAAAUGAACAAGGAAAACAAGAUCAAAAAGCUGUACCCAAACUCGCUUCUCUUCAAAAACUGGGACGCUGCUCUAAACGAAGAGGAACAAAUGGAAGCUGAGCAGUUGUUUCAGAAAUAUGGCUACAACACCUUUCUGAGCAACCGCUUGCCUUUGGAUAGGGAACUACCCGAAACACGACAUUAUAGGUGUUUGGAGAGAAAGUACCCAAAGGAUCUGCCCACCAUUAGUGCUGUGCUGAUCUACCUUGAUGAGGCCCUGUCCAUCAUCAAGAGAGCCGUCUAUAGCAUCAUCAACAGGACUCCUCCUCACCUCCUCAGAGACAUUAUCCUGGUGGACGACCACAGCUCCAACGAUGAUUUGAAAGACCAAUUAGAUGCAUUUGUGAACAACAUCCAUGUGACUAGACCUGGCCUGAUAAAGCGGGUCAAGCACUCCGAACAGCUAGGCCUAAGUCAGGCACGGAUAUCGGGAUGGAAGGCUGCCACUGGUGAUGUGGUUGCCAUUUUUGACGCCCAUAUUGAGGUCCACAAGGGCUGGGCAGAGCCUCUCCUGGCCCGAAUCAAGGAGGACCGCUCUGUGGUGGUGUCACCUGUGUUUGAUAAAGUCAGCUGCUAUGAUUUCAAGUUGACAAAUUACAUGCCUUCAGCGCAUGGCUUCGACUGGGCUCUGUGGUGCAUGUAUGAGUCCUUCCGCCCAGAGUGGUAUGCCAAACACGAUGACUCACUCCCGGGAAAGAGUCCAUCCAUUAUGGGGAUACUGGUGGCAGAUCGUGUUUUCUUUGGGGAGAUUGGAGCACUGGAUCCUGGCAUGAAAAUCUAUGGUGGAGAAAAUGUUGAAUUAGGGAUCAGAGUGUGGCUGUGUGGUGGUAGCAUUGAGGUGAUUCCCUGUUCCAAGAUUGCACACUUGGAGAGAGCACACAAACCUUACAUGCCAGAGUUGAAAUACGUAAUGCAGAGAAACGCUCUCCGGGUGGCUGAGGUGUGGAUGGACGACUACAAGCACAAUGUCAACAUCGCCUGGAAUCUCCCUCUCAAGGACCAUGGCAUAGAUAUUGGUGAUGUGUCUGAAAGAAAAAAGCUGAGGGAGAAACUGAAGUGUAAGCCUUUCCAGUGGUACCUCGACAAUGUCUAUACCCGGUUAGACCCGCUGAACAUUCUUGGCUAUGGAAGUUUGCAGAAUGACAUGUACACAUAUGCAUGUGUGGACCAAGGCGCCAUGCCAGGACACACUCCCAUCAUAUAUAGCUGUCAUUCUUACACCUCUCAGCUCUAG